CCUUCCCCGCGAAGCCAAGCACCGCCGGCAGAGACGGGCGGGCUGUGAGAGGAGGUGUUCUCCGUCACUGAUUCUGGACCUGUCUUUCUCUGUACCCCUUAUCUGAAACGUCACCCAUCAUUCCAGCAAGGAAAAACGAACCAACACUUGAGAAGAUGCCGGAGGUGAUCUCUGUGCAAGAAUUUAUCUGCGAAACUCUGGAGGACCACAGCUCGCCGACAACCUCCUCCUUCACCACCAAAAUGGCAAACUGCAGGAACACAGUGACGGUACUCGAGGAGAGUUUAGACAAAGACAGGUCUGUACUCCAGAAAAUGAAGAAAGCAGUCAAAGUGAGAUAUACCUCAGGUCAAGAAGACAUUUCACUUCAGGAAACAUUCAUUAAUGAGUUGGAAAAACUUGUAGUUAAUUUCCAAAGUAAUGAAGAGUCAGUACUGGCUGAAGCUUUCAGUAAAUUUGCAGAGUCUUCCAAAGAACUGCUGACACCAAUGAAAAACCUGAUGCAGAGUGUGAAUCACAUUGUCUUUUUCCUGAAUUCACUGCUGAAAGGAGAACUAAAAGGAGUUAAGGGGGAUUUAAAGAAGCCCUUUGAAAAAGCUUGGAAAGAUUAUGAAAGCAAAUUUACUAAAAUUGAAAAAGAGAAAAGAGAACUUGCAAAGCAGUACGGAAUGGUACGAAUUGAAGUGACUGGAGGUGAAAUAGCAGAGGAGAUGGAAAAGGAACGGAGGAUGUUUCAACUGCAGAUGUGUGAGUAUCUGAUCAAAGUAAAUGAGAUAAAGACAAAGAAAGGAGUGGACUUGCUACAAAAUCUCACCAAGUAUUAUCAUGCACAGUUCAUUUUCUUUCAGGAAGGCUUGAAAACAGCUGAGAAGAUAAAGCAUUAUGUUGAAAUGCUUACUGCAGAUUUACAGAAUAUCAAGCAGAACCAGGAUGAAGAAAAGAAGCAGCUCUGCAGCCUUCGUGAUCAGCUCAAACCAACAUUACAGUUGGACCACAAGGAGGAUUCUGUGAGUCGCCAGUCCAUUUACAGCAUGCACCAACUGCAGGGCAAUAAGCAAUAUGGCACUGAGAAAACUGGAAUCCUGUAUAAGAAAAGUGAUGGGUUGAGGAAAGUUUGGCAGAAGAGGAAAUGCAUCGUAAAGAACUGUUACCUGAUCAUUCCACAUGGAACACCCAACCGACAGCCAGCAAAGCUCAACCUGCUAACCUGUCAAGUGAAACCCAGUUUGGAAGAUAAAAAGUGUUUUGAUCUUAUUUCACAUAACCGCACAUAUCAUUUCCUAGCAGAUGAUGAGCAGGAUUGCAUGGCGUGGAUCUCAGUUCUAACAAAUUGCAAGCAAGAAGCUCUAAACAUGGCUUUUCGUGAACACCACAGUGAUGCCGAAAACAGUAUUGAAGAUCUGACUAAAGCCAUCAUUGAAGAUGUCCUGCAUAUGCCAGGGAAUAACGAGUGCUGUGACUGUAGGGCAGCAGGUCCAACUUGGCUUUCUACGAAUCUUGGAAUAUUGAUAUGUAUAGAAUGUUCUGGAAUUCACCGAGAGAUGGGUGUACAUUAUUCUCGGAUACAAUCCCUGUCACUAGACAAGCUUGGGACAUCUGAACUCUUGGUUGUAAAAAAUGUUGGAAACUCCCGAUUUAAUGAACUUAUGGAGGCAACUCUCCCAAGUUUAUCUGUUAAACCAACAACUGACAGUCCCAUGGCAAUGCGGAAAGAUUACAUCACAUCAAAAUACAUAGAUCGUCAAUAUGCAAAAAAGAACAAUAGUACUUCUGUGACAAAGUUGAAUAAUUUGUAUACUGCUGUAAAAUGCAAGGAUAUAUUUGCAUUGAUACAGGCCUAUGCUGAAAAAGUCAACCUUAGUGAAUCACUGCCAUCUUAUGCAGAGGAACCAGGAGAGACUGCUCUUCACCUCGCUGUACAGCUUGCUGAUCUCACCUCCCUACACAUAGUGGACUUUCUUGUGCAAAACUGUGGGAACCUUAGCAAGCAAACCAUUAAAGGAAAUACAGCUGUUCAUUACUCCUGUAUAUUCAAUAAACCAGAAUGCCUCAAACUACUCCUGAGAGCCAAGACCAACACAACUAUUUUAAAUGAAAAUGGAGAAACAGCUGUGGACAUAGCUCAUAGACUGAAACACCAAUACUGUGAAGAACUGUUGACUCAAGCAAAACUAAACAGGUUUAAUCUACGUACUAAUGUUGAGUAUGAGUGGCGACUGGGACAGGAUGAUGAUUAUGAGAGUGAUGAUGAUCUAGAUGAAAAGCAGGGACCUAUUAAAAGGGAACGUUCUCUUAGGCCAUACAGCUGUUACCAACCAGCUAGCAAGCAUUCGCUAAGCGUGGACAAGCCUAAUUCAGUGGCUAUCAACAAAGACUCUCCCUGCGUAUCACGAGAACACCGACGUGAACAGCCCUGUGGAUCGACCAAUCAGUCGCGAAGUACAGAAUCUCAGCCUUUCUCUCCAGUAUCAGAGGCCCCUCCUAUUCCACCCAGAAUCCCUAUCAAAGGUUUGGAUUUGCUAACUAAUAACACCAUUAGCUGUUGCAUAGUGUUUUCAGCUCCAAGUGUUCCACCUCCUCCUCCUCCUCAUCCUCCAUUUUCUGUCAAGAGUACUCCUCCUGGAAGUGCAGCCUUUAUCUCGGAUAGCCCUUCAACUAAGAAACGACCACCUCUACCGCCACUGACAACUAAGCAUAAACGGACAUUAUCUGAACCCACACCCAGAGUACCUCAUAGUCCACUAAAUCGCAAGCAAUCCUCAUUUGAAUCUACUCCACCAUCUAGCCCGCCUCCUCCAGUGGUGGAUAGAUCUUCGCCAAGGCCAAGCUUGCAGUCUCCAAAGGUAUCACCAGGUCUUCAUGCUCUCCCUGAAUUACCAGAGACAGUAGAUCAGAAGAAACCUGAACAAAUCUAUGCCAUACCCAAAAAAUCCCAAAAUGUUGCAGACGCCAGCCAGAAGUCACCAUGGCCCACUACUUCACCUGUAGGGCCUUUCUUUGCUGAACCAAAUAAUGAUGUGUAUGCUGUGCCUGGAAAUCCAAUACCACUUCCCAGAAAAAUGAAUAUGGCAAAACCCAAAGUUCGUAGAGGAAGAGCCAUUUACAACUGCACAGCAGACCAUGCUGAUGAGCUUACAUUCAAAGAGGGAGAGAUGAUAGUAGUUACCGGAGAGGAAGAUCAGGAGUGGUGGAAUGGCUAUAUAGAUGGGCAACCUCACAGAAAAGGUCUUUUCCCAGCAUCUUUUAUCCAGUUACAAACAAGCUAACAGAUCUUAUCCAUCAGUCUGGGCAAUUAAAGUGAGGGAAGACCAAUCUGAUUCACUUCAUCUGUAUCAUUUACUUCUUGGAGUUUGAAGCGUCUAUCCAUUUUACUGAAAGGUAGUCAUUGUUUGAAACUUGUUUCUAAUGACCAUGAACAGUGAACCAGUUCUUCUAAUACUGUGGCUCUUCCGAGGGGAAAAGUUACACUGGUGCAUUAGGCAGUCCGGUAAAACCUGAAUACAUGGUUUACCUUCAGGAAAGAUCCAGAUUGCUGUUUUAAAGCAGGUGGCUGUUUAAUUAAUGUUUCCCUGAGUGUAUGCCUUACUGUACAAUGCUAAUGUAUGUUGGUAUUUAAAAAAAGUUUCCAACUAGUGAUAUUAUUCAGUUAUAAAUGUUUUAAAAAUUUAAAUGGUCAUCGAAAACCACUCUCAUGAAUUAUCCAAAUAUAUAUAUAUAUAUAUAUAUAUUUUAUAUAUGAAAAGUCCUAUUGUUAGAAAUAGUUGUGCUUGGAGAGGUGAACACAUGACCACACUGGAUGGUGGCAAUCAUUUAAAGAGGAUAAGGGAGCUUCUUUUAUACCAGUUUCUGCUUUCUUUAUUGCCACUUCGGAAUUUCUUUUGAGCAACCAGCAAUUCUGACAAUCCAUGACGGGAAACAGCCCCCAAUAGACAGGGGAGGAAGCAUGUGACAAACUUAAGGAAGAGUCUAUGUAUUUUUAUUUUUAAAAAUGGCAUGUAAUAAUUUAAAAAUGCUAAGUGUUCAUGAUAAAACAUUUUAAUAAAAAAAUUAAUUCCUUUAUUUUAUUUAAAAUAUGGUAGUCUCUGGACUAUCAAACUCAGUUCAGAUUUGUGCUCACCAAUAUAGUAAAUGUGCUCAUGUGUAAGGACUGAAAUUCAGAGUAUCUAAAUCAUGAUCAAAAUUAAAAACAUUUCUCCUAUUCCAUUCGUACUCCUAAAUAUAUGCCAGGAAGGAAGGGAUAGAUUGUGUUGAUUGAUCUUAGCUUAUAAUUGUGAAUGCCUGCAUAGAUGUUUAAUGAAUGACUUUAUACAAGUGAACUACCUCUUUGGAGUGUGAAAUAAAACAGAGAAUGCUGGAAUUACUCAGUGGGCCUGGCAGCAUCUGUGAAGAGCAAAGCAGAGUUAAUGAUUCAAACCAAAUAUGACAUUUCUGUUCUCAAGAAGAAUAAUCAGCUCGAAAUUUUGACUCCAUUUCUGUCUUUACAGAUGAUGUCAGAUUUCAGGCACUUUUUUUUACUUCAGAUUUCCAGCAGCCACAGUAUUUUAUUUUCAUUUUUGGAGCGUGAAUUGCUUUCAUUUUGAAAUUGGAACAAAUCUCAGCAACAGAAUAAGGAGUGCAUCAGCACCACCUAGAGUUUGAACAAAGCAAUCAUGAAGGUGACUCUACACAUUGCAGACACUGCACAAAAAUCAUCUCCUGUAAAUGCAAUUGUGGACGAAUCAAACUUACUAUCAAUUUGACUCAAGCAUUAAUAGCGACUUCUUAUUGCCUUCCUCCUUCCUCCAGGCUUAAAAGAUUUUGACUUCAUAAAAAGAUACAAGUUUGUUAGUGGUAAAAGUGUUAUAAAACAAACCAAACAGUCAAAUAAUCAUACAUAAUGGGAACUGCAGAUGCUGGAGAAUCCGAGAUAGCAAAGUGUGAAGCUGGAUGAACACAG